AUGCGUUUCGGGAAGACCCUACAGACGUCCGUCUACCCGCCAUGGAAGGACCACUACAUCGAAUACCGGGCGCUUAAGAAGCUGCUGCGCGAGCAUGAGAGGUCGGAGGAUGGCGAGGACGGCGAAGGCAGGCCCUGGACGGACGAGGACGAGGAGAACUUUGUCCAGGAGCUCAUCAACGUUCAGCUCGACAAGGUCAAUUCUUUCCAGGUCGAGACUUACAAGAAGCUGCGGGAGCGUACUAGCGAGUGUGAGGCCGCGCUGGAGCCAUUGGCCGCCCACAAGGGAGAAACGAAGCUGGAGGAUCUGAAGAAACACGAGGCAGUUGCACAGGAGACUCUCACCAAGCUCGAUCGCAUCACGGAGGAGCUGGGCGAGCUCGAGAAGUUCAGCCGAAUCAACUUCACCGGCUUCCUCAAGGCGGCGAAGAAGCAUGACCGCAAGCGUGGAGCCAAGUACAAAGUCCGGCCGCUGUUGCAGGUCCGCAUGUCACAGCUGCCGUUCAACUCGGAGGACUACUCGCCCCUGUUGUACCGGCUGUCGGCCAUGUUCUCGUUCGUGAGGUCGAUUCUCGGCAAUGGGGGGGAGUCCGUACCCAAGGAUGGACCGGCGGUUGACACCCAGCUCGGCCGUGACGCAUAUACCUCCCACAAGUUCUGGGUCCACUCCGACAACCUGCUCGAGGUCAAGACGUAUAUCCUGCGUCGUCUGCCGGUGCUCGUAUAUAAUCCGAAUACUUCAAAGGAGCUCGAUAUCGCCCAGCGUGACCCCGCGCUCACAUCGCUCUACUUUGACAGCCGUUCGUUCGACCUGUACAAUCAAAAGGUCGCCAAUAAGCCUGCUGCAGGAUCCAUUCGUUUACGCUGGACAGGCCAGCUCAAUAACCAGGUCGAGGUCUUCCUUGAGAAGAAAACCAUGAACGACGGAGAUAGCAGCCGUGAGGUCCGCAUUCGCAUCAAGAAGAAGCACAUCAACGCUUUCCUCGAUGGAUCUUACAAAAUGGAGAAAAUUAUCCACAAGAUCGAGGUCCAGGGCAACGGCGAUCCUCAGCGUGCCGACAACCUCAGGCGAGACGUCGAGGAAAUUCAGGAGUUCAUCAAAAGUUACGGCCUCGAACCCAUGGUUCGUGCAAACUAUACCCGCACUGCGUUCCAGAUUCCUGGUGAUGACCGUCUUCGCAUCUCGCUCGAUACCGAUCUAGCGCUUAUCCGCGAAGAUACGCUCGACCUCGAACGCCCUUGCCGUGACCCCGAGGACUGGCAUCGCGCGGACAUUGAUAACAAAGAAAUGGAGUUCCCUUUCUCUGACAUCCCGCGCGGUGAGAUCUCGCGCUUCCCGCACGCACUCCUGGAGAUCAAAAUCCGCAAUACCAACGGCAAGCGUCGCGGAAGCAAUGUCGAAGCCUGGCUCUCUGAUCUCAUGUCCUCUCAUCUUGUUAAAGAGGCGCCGCGUUUCUCUAAGUUUGUGCACGGUGUCGCUCAGCUGUUUGAGGAUAACAUCAACAGCUUCCCCUUCUGGCUCAGCGACCUUGACACGGACAUUAGACAAGACCCGGAGACCGCCUUCCAGAAAGAACAAGAACGAGUUGCGAAGCAGGCAGAAGAUGAACUUGCUGUUGGCAGCUUCAUAGGAGGCAGCCGUCAAACGAUACCCAGCAUCCAGCACCUUGUUGGCUCCCCCAUCAGCCGCAUGAUGACGGAAGAGUCGACUCCCAAGACCCAAAUUCGCAUUCAAGGAGUCGACCAACCUCUCUCCCCCCGCACCGAGUCCCAGCCCCAACUGACCCCUCGUCCUCCCAUCCCCGAACUCAGUCUUGCACCUCCUCCCGAGCAAGCCAACGGGGCGCAACCUGCACCCUCUUCCCGCCCAACGUCGUCGCUACUUCGCCUCCCCUUCUCCAUGUCCCGCUAUGCCCUUGCCCAUCGCACCUCUCAGACUCAACUACCACCCGGCGUCUCUACCCCAAGCUACUGGCUCAAGGACACCGGCCCUGUCCGCGUUGAAGCAAAAGUGUGGCUCGCCAACCAACGUACCUUUGUUAAAUGGCAGCACAUCUGCAUUCUCCUCGCGGGUAUCUCGCUAGCCAUGUACAAUGCUGCAGGGCCUGACAAGACCGUCACUCGCUACCUAGCCCUUGUGUAUACCGGCUUCUCCAUCUUUGCGGGAGCCUGGGGCUGGUGGAUGUAUGAGACUCGCUCGCGACUGAUUCGAGAACGUAGCGGGAAAGAUUUCGAUAAUGUAGUCGGCCCUCUCGUCGUCUGCCUGGGUAUUGCAGUCGCUUUGGUGUUGAAUUUUUGGUUCAAGUACGCCUCCAUAGUCUGGACGGUCGAUCCUGUCCCCAACGUCCCGUCGCCAACAGGGAUUAUCACCGAGUCCGCGUCGAUCUCACUGCCAUUUAUGACGGCCCGUCCCGAGUUCCAGGCUCAACUUAACAUCUAA